AUGGCUGAGACUGUAUGUGUGUGUAUGUGGUUUGAGCUGGUGAAUGUGUGUGGUUUCAGAGAGCUGGGAACACAGACAGAGCUCAUCAACACAACGCAGGUUUUCUCCAGUCCAGACCUCCUCCUGUCACAUCAGCACGAUGGCCAAGGGGGACCCCAGGAAGCCCAAGGGCCGCAUGUCAGCCUAUGCCUUCUUCAUCCAGACGUGCCGUGAGGAGCACAACAAGAAGAGCCCAGAGGUCCCGAUCAGCUUCGCAGAUUUCUCCAGAAAGUGCUCUGGAAGGUGGAAGUCCAUGUCCGGUAAGGAGAAGAGCAGGUUUGAGGAGCUGGCUCGGCAAGACAAGAUGCGCUUUGACCAGGAGAUGCAGCUUUACGCGCCUGGCAGGAAGAGGGGACAGAAGAAGGAUCCCAACGCGCCCAAGAGACCACCUUCUGGUUUCUUCAUCUUCUGCUCCGAGUACCGACCAAAGGUCAAGGCCCAGGAUCCCAGUCUGGGCAUCGGGGAUGUCGCCAAAAAACUGGGAGAGAUGUGGAACAACCUGGCGGACAGCAGCAAGCAGCCCUACCUGCAGAAGGCCAACAAGCUGAAGGACAAGUACAACAAGGAUGUUGCAGACUACAAGUCAAAGGGCAAGCUGGGCCCGAAACCCAUGAUGCAUAACCAUGACGACGACGAUGACGAUGAGGAGGAUGACGAUGACGAAGACGAGGAAGACGACGAGGAUGAUGAUGAAUAGAAUAUGUCCUGUCUUGCUUUGCAUUAAUUUAUUGCAAUAGAAAACUAUUAUUUUUAUUGGCAAUAAUUCUUUGUUAAUAUGGUGGUUGUUGCUAUGGUGAUUUGCAUCGUUAGUGUUGGGAUGAAGGAAACACUGAUGACAGUUUUUCUUUCUUAGAACGUUUUGUAGCCUCUACUUCUUUAUUCUUCCUGCUUCUUAAGUGUCGUCUGUAUGUUUAAUAUCGUGUGCUCAUGCGAGUGUUGAAGCAGUUUAAGGAAAAGUCCACCCUUGAAUACUCUGACACUCUUAAUUAUCAUAAAAUUGUGAAGUUAUUUUGUGGUGGAUUGUCGUCACUCUGUCCCUCACCUGUUUUUGUACCCACUUUCCCUCAACUCACCUUUUCUGUUUCUACUUUAACCCUUUGAAAGCCGUCAUCACACGGCUGGGCUGACAUUUUUACAUGUGUUUUAACCCCCUGAACUAAAUUCCCUUCAUGUCUUUUCAAAAAUAUCUCUUAAAAAUUACUGCUUUGGCUGAGGAAGUGCAGAUUCUCAUCUAAAAAGCUACUUUUAUUGAAUAACCUUUCCUUGACUUUCUGAUUUUAGUCCUGUUAACAAAAUCCUGUAUGUAUGUGUGUUUUGCAUUUUUAGUUUAGGCUAGGAUUAUCAUUGUUUUAAUUCUUUUAUAUGUAGAUACAUGUGUAUUUUAUAUGUUUUUCCAGCAAAAAAAUCCACCUGCAUGGGCCAAAGUAGGAAUUUGUGGAGAUAUGUUUGAAAAGAAAUAGAGGGAAUUUUGUUCAGAGGAUUAAAAAGAAUAUUUCAAAGCCUUACCCUGUGGUUCAUGGGCUUCAGAGGGUUAACUAAUGAUUUCUAGAGCCUGACCGAUGCUGGAUUUUUGGGUCCAACACCACUGUUGAUAUUUGGGAGUAAAAAAACUUCAGCUAAGAAUAAUUAUAUUGGCCAGUGUUUUUCUUUGAUACAUAAAAAAAAUGCACAUUUUGAACAAAGAAUCCUCAGUUUUGGUAAUCAAAUAGUCAUGAUAGAGAUAUGUGUUGGUGGCCACUUCAUAUUUUACAGUUGAACAAUAACCGUCUUUCUUUCUUAGCACAGUCUGCACCACCAUCUGCUCAGCUGUGAAAUGCCACUCUGCCAGCUCACGUGCUAUAAAGUAUUAUGAACAAUGGAGUCUGUCGGCCUGUUAAGUGUUUUUGAAUUACCUCAGUUAUCACUUCUUUUUUCCAUCAUCCGACAUAAAGCCGAAAUAUCUGAGAUGAGCCCCUUAUCGCUGUUGGUGCAGAAAUUGGUAACAUUAUCUUGUACGAUGGGUAUCUGUCUUGUAUGAUUGUAUGAUUGAAUGUUGGUGCAAAAUGUCGGCUCUUUAAAGAAGCCCUCGCUGUCACCAAAAACCUGUGACGCUCUAGAUCGCUGAAACCUUUCCCGCUGUCAAACUGCACUGAAGUUGUGCUCUAAAUAUCCUGCCAGUGACGUCACGUUGCCGACAUGUGGCCAGCUAACGAUGGGAAGAAGAAAAACACACCUAACAUUUAAAAGGACCCAGAGUAAAGUAAGCCAUUAGCAGUGUUUCAGUGUGUCAGGGUGGAUUUUUCCUUUAAUCAUUUUCCAGCGGUGGCGGUGGAUGUGUGUGUUGGGUGUUGGUGUGUGUGGAUGCUCCUCAGCGGUGCUACCUAGUGUCUUCCCACAGGGGCAUUAACUCACUGGACCUAUAUGCAUUUAAAGAAGUUGUAGUAUAAUGUAUAACCAUCUAUUCAUAUAUAUGCCUUAUUGUUUAAGGGUGAAUGUUUCCGAUAUUAUCGUCUUAGUCUGUAUUUUCCUAUAUGGACUUU